CCUUCCCCACACCAUCCUUCCCCACACCUUCCUUCCUCUCACCAUCCUUCCCCACACCUUCCUUCCUCUCACCAUCCUUCCCCACACCAUCCUUCCUCUCACCAUCCUUCCUCUCACCGUCCUUCCCCACACCAUCCUUCCCCACACCAUCCUUCCUCACACCAUCCUUCCCCACACCAUCCUUCCCCACACCAUCCUUCCCCACACCAUCCUUCCUCUCACCGUCCUUCCUCUCACCAUCCUUCCCCACACCAUCCUUCCCCACACCAUCCUUCCCCACACCAUCCUUCCUCUCACCGUCCUUCCUCUCACCAUCCUUCCCCACACCAUCCUUCCCCACACCAUCCUUCCCCACACCAUCCUUCCUCUCACCAUCCUUCUCCACACCAUCCUUCCUCUCACCAUCCUUCUCCACACCAUCCUUCCCCACACCAUCCUUCCCCACACCAUCCUUCCCCACACCUUCCUUCCUCUCAUUAUCCUUCCCCACACCUUCCUUCCCCACACCUUCCUUCCUCUCACCAUCCUUCCCCACACCUUCCUUCCUCUCACCAUCCUUCCCCACACCAUCCUUCCCCACACCAUCCUUCCUCUCACCGUCCUUCCCCACACCAUCCUUCCCCACACCAUCCUUCCUCUCACCGUCCUUCCCCACACCAUCCUUCCUCUCACCGUCCUUCCCCACACCAUCUUUCCCCACACCAUCCUUCCUCUCACCGUCCUUCCCCACACCAUCUUUCCCCACACCAUCCUUCCCCACACCAUCCUUCCUCUCACCGUCCUUCCCCACACCAUCUUUCCCCACACCAUCCUUCCUCUCACCGUCCUUCCCCACACCAUCUUUCCCCACACCAUCCUUCCUCACACCAUCCUUCCUCUCACCGUCCUUCCCCACACCAUCCUUCGCCACACCAUCCUUCCCAACACCUUCAUUCCUUUCACCGUCCUUCCCCACACCAUCCUUUCCCACACCAUCCUUCCCCACAUUAUCCUUCCCCACAUUAUCCUUCCCCACAUUAUCCUUCCCCACAUUAUCCUUCCCCACACCUUCCUUCCCCACACCUUCCUUCCCCA